GCCACAGAAACUAAUCACCAUGCCUAAGGAAAGCAGCCACAAAACCCAUCCAGCGCCAGCUUGGCUCACCACGGAUUGCGUCCAGGACAAGCUGCGCUCCUUCUUCCAGAACAAGUCCCUUCGCCUGGAAAAACUCAACAGCAGCCCGGCCAUUGGCAAGGGUGAGAACUUUGGCAGCGUGCUGACCCGCAUCAAUGUGGAGUUUGCCACCAAGGAAGACUCGACGAAAGCCGAAGAAAAGGAGGCCACCACUUUUCUGGUGAAGACCACCUUUGCCAACAAGGAUCCUGCCGCAGACGUCUUGAAGCACUAUGGUGUCUAUACGCGUGAGAUGGACAUGUACGAGAAUGUGUUGCCGCAGAUGACGGAUAUGCUGAGGAACGAGUUGAAGGAUUCGAGGAAGUUCUUUGCUGGCACUAUCAACGUGGACCGAUCUAAGAACUCCAUCAUCUUUGAGGACUUGGCGCUGGAACACUACAGGAUGGCUUCCCGAAAAAAGAAACUCGAUCUGGAGCACACCCACCUGAUGCUGGAAAAGAUGGCCAGUUUCCAUGCCGCAGGAGCGGUUCUCGCCGAGCGCCAGCCCGGAAUCUUCGAUCACAAUUACGAUCGGGGAUUUUUCAAUCAGCAUACCAGGGCCUACGGACCCAUAAUGACCAAUCUGAUGGAGGCCCUCUCCCGAUCCCUUAAUGAUGAUGAGGAGAUGCGCGAGAAGUACCAGGCCAAGAUCGAUCGGUUGGUAAAGCAUUUGAUGGACUACGGCGAACGCACCACCACCAUUAGUCCCGGGGACUUUGUGACCCUGGCGCAUGGCGACUUGUGGAUCAACAACUUCAUGUUCCAGUACGACGAAACGGGUCACCCCAGCAACGCCGUCCUAAUUGACUUCCAGUUCAGUGUCUGGAACUCACCGGCCAUUGAUUUGCACUACUUCUUCUCCACCUCGGUGCAGGACAACCUCCGCCUGGAGAACCAGCCGGAACUGGUCCAGUUCUACUACUAUAGGCUGGUGGAGGCCCUGCGGAAGCUCAAGUUCUCCGGGCACAUUCCCAGUCUGUUUGAAUUCCAGCUACAGUUCCGCACAAAAAGUUUCUAUGCCGUAUUCUGUUCGCUGAUUUUCGAGCCCGUGAUGCAGUACGAGGGUGCGGAGGAGCCUUCUAUAGAGCAGUGCCUGUCCAAUUCCGAGAGUGGAAUGCGGUUCAAAGAUUCGGUUUAUGAAUCGGAGGCUGUGAAAAGGAAACUGCGCGUCACCCUUCCCUUCCUAGACCACCUGGGUCUGCUCGACGAAAUGUGAUGUCUAUAAGUUUUCAUAUAUUAUAAGUAAUUGUAAGCAAGUAUGUAUAUAUAAAGUCUGAA